UGCACCGUCUGCUUCCAGUUGAUAGAGGGCGCCAACGCACAGCAGAAAGAAGGCCUGGGCCUCAUGACUCCAGACUACUACUACUACCUCAACCAGUCUGGGACCUACAAGGUUGACGGGACCAACGACAGCAAAGACUUCUCUGAGACGAUGGAAGCCAUGCAGGUUAUCGGCAUCCCCAGUGACAUCCAGGCUCAGGUGCUGCAGAUCACAGCAGGUAUCCUCCAUCUGGGCAACAUCAGCUUCAUCGAGGCUGGAAACCAGAGCGAGGUGGAAAGCACAGACUUGCUUGCCUUUCCUGCCUACCUGCUGGGAAUCGACCCCACCAGGCUGCAGGACAAGUUGACGAGUCGAAAGAUGGACUCCAAGUGGGGCGGGAAGUCCGAGUCCAUCAACGUAACACUCAACCAGGAGCAGGCGACCUACACGCGCGACGCCUUAGCCAAAGCCCUUUACGCACGUCUCUUUGACUACCUUGUAGAGGCCAUAAAUAAAGCCAUCCAGAAACCUUAUGAAGAGUUCAGCAUCGGUGUGCUUGACAUUUAUGGCUUUGAGAUAUUUCAGAAAAAUGGGUUUGAGCAGUUUUGUAUAAACUUUGUCAAUGAGAAGCUGCAGCAGAUCUUUAUUGAACUCACUUUAAAGGCUGAGCAGGAAGAAUAUGUUCAGGAAGGCAUUAAAUGGACCCCCAUCGAGUAUUUUAACAACAAGAUUGUGUGUGACCUCAUUGAAAAUAAACUGAGCCCUCCUGGCAUCAUGAGCGUCCUGGACGACGUCUGCGCCACGAUGCACGCCAAGGGUGAGGGCGCAGAUGGCACGCUGCUGCAGAAGCUGCAAGCCGCUGUGGGAACCCACGAACAUUUCAACAGCUGGAACUCUGGAUUUGUUAUCCAUCAUUACGCUGGGAAGGUGUCGUAUGAUAUCAACGGAUUCUGUGAGAGAAAUCGAGAUGUCCUCUUCCCUGACCUCAUUGAGCUCAUGCAAAGCAGUGAAUUUAACUUCAUCCGCAGCUUGUUCCCUGAAAACCUCAACACGGAAAAGAAAGGGCGGCCGACCACAGCCAGCUCAAAGAUCAAAAGACAAGCGAAUGAGCUCGUGAGCACUCUGAUGAAAUGCACACCACACUAUAUCCGCUGUAUUAAACCAAAUGAGACGAAAAGGCCGAAAGACUGGGAGGAGAGCAGGGUUAAGCAUCAAGUGGAAUACCUCGGUCUGAGGGAAAACAUUCGUGUGAGAAGAGCUGGAUUUGCUUACCGACGACUCUUCACUAAAUUUCUGCAUAGGUAUGCCAUCCUUACGGCUGAAACAUGGCCGUGUUGGAGGGGACCAGAGCAGCAGGGGGUCCUCCACCUCCUCCGGUCCGUCAACAUGGACACAGACCAGUAUCAGAUGGGACGCACAAAAGUCUUUGUCAAGAACCCAGAAUCGCUGUUUCUUCUUGAGGAGAUGAGAGAAAGGAAGUUUGACACCUUCGCCAGAACCAUUCAGAAGGCCUGGAGACGGUACAACGCCAGGAAGAAGUACGAACAGAUGAGGGAAGAGGCCUCAGACAUCCUGUACAACUCGAAAGAGCGAAGGAAAAACAGCAUCAACAGGAACUUUGUUGGCGACUACCUCGGCCUGGAGCAGAGACCCGAGCUGCGGCAGUUCCUGGCGAAGAGGGAGCGCGUCGACUUUGCUGAUUCGGUCACAAAGUUCGACCGCAGGUUCAAGUCCAUCAAGAGAGACUUGAUCUUGACGCCUAAGGGGAUCUAUCUGAUUGGUCUAGAGAAGGUGAAGAAAGGGCCUGAGAAAGGGCAGAUUAAGGAGGUGUUGAAACGUAAAAUGGAGUUUGCAAACAUCACCGGCGUCUCCCUCAGUUCCAGACAAGAUGAUUUCUUCAUUCUGCACGAGGCCCAGUAUGACAGUCUGCUGGAGUCCAACUUUAAGACGGAGUUUCUCAGUUUGCUCUCUAAACGCUACGAGGAAGUGACCCAGAGAAAGAUGACCAUCUCCUUUUCUGACAGACUGGAGUUCAAAGUGAAGAAGGAGGGCUGGGGCGGAGGAACCUCCAGGGUUGUAGUUUUUCAAAGAGGUCAAGGAGAUUUGGCUCAGCUCAAACCGGGAGGGAAGACUCUCACCAUUUCUGUAGGAGACGGUCUGCCCAAGUCCUCCAAGCCAACCAGGAAGUCUGGUCUAGACGUUCGAGGAGGAGGGAGAAACCACAUAUCCAACAGAGGUGUGACUCUCCUUAACCUGAAUUUAUGUUCUCAUUUGCAUUUACUUUGACAUAUGUUUUCAUUUUGACUUAAUUUACUAAUACCUGGCACCAGAGCUGAAUUCUAUUAUUCUAACAGCUUUAAGCAGAACGAGUUCUUCAGAUGGCACUUCAAAUUCAUAAAAGUUAGAGCUCAAUUUUAAAUGGCUCUUAAAGAUGCACUGAAAAAGUGCAUAAAAAGUUAUCCUACUUAAAUAUAUUGCAUUAAUAUGCAAUAUAUUUAAGUAUAUAUUGCA